AUGGCUUCAAACAAGGGUCCAAAGAGGGUUGUCAUUGUCGGUGCCGGUGCAGCUGGCAUGUCUUGUGCCGCGACUCUCGCUCAGCAUCCAGACAAGUUCAAGGUCACAGUACUUGAGAGGUCUGAUGUGCCGGGCGGCCAGGCAACCACAAUUCCCAUUGAUGACCAGAAGUUUGGAGCUGGAUGGCUGAACAAUGGUGUGCAAGGGGGGUCUACGAUAUUCAAACACACCUUCAACUUCUUCAAGAGGUAUAACCACCCGCCUCGGGAAGUCAAGCUCCAGGUAUCCUUUGGAAAGGGCACCGACGGCUUCUGGACAAACUGCUUCCCCAGCAAGCUGGUCGAGGAACUGUCGAGCGACAUCAAAAAGUUUGGAUGGUUCCUCAAGCUCGUCAAGUACACCUUGCCCGUCCUGGGCCUCGUCCCCAUCCACGUCAUGAUGCGCCUCAUGUUCUUCAGCAAGGACUUUGAGCACAAGAUGGUCUACCCCCUGAUCGCUCUGUUUCUCGGCACCGGCAACCAGACCCGCCACGUGCCCUCUGCCAUCGUGGAGCGCCUCUUUGACGACCCAAACAUGAAGCUGUGGGACUUUGACAAGGACACCCUGCUGCCCAACCUGCCCACAAUGGUGACCUUUGACAACCUGUCCGAGUUCUACAAAGACUGGAUGAAGGACCUCGUAUCCAAAGGAGUCGACAUCCGUCUCGGCCACGAGGUCGUCAGGGUGGUCUCGCGCUCGCACGAAGGGGUCGUGAUCGAGUCGCGCGCCGCGGGGGGCGACGGCGAGGCGACGACGCACGAGCUCUUUGACGACAUUGUCUUUUGCACUCUGGCCGACGACACUCUCCGCCUGCUGGGCAAGACGGCAACCAGACGCGAGAAGUUUGUGCUGUCGGGUGCAAAGUUCUACGACGACAUCACCGUCACGCACCAUGACCACGCAUACUUCAAGAAGCACUACGAGACGAACUUCCAGGACGACCUCUGCGCCCAGCCAAAGUCCCAAUCGCAGGAGGAGCAGGUGGCCUUUGCCAAGGGCAAGGACCCCAAGUCGCCCGCGGGCUUCCGGCCCAUGUACUACACCAAGAGCUACAAGAAGGACCCCACCAAGAUCGAGAUGUCGUUCGACUGCAGCAACUACCAAUACCAGCUGCUCGAUGCCAACGGCAAGGCCGACGACGCGGGCUACGAGCACGUGUACCAGAGCAUAUUCCUAGACAAGCGUAACAAGGAUCUGUGGACUUGGAACGAGAUCGACGAGUCCAAGAUUAUCAAGAAGCAGUGGUGGCACCAGCUCGGUCACCGGUGGCAACACUACCUUCGUGUCGUGCCCGGCAUGAUGUUCCUCAACGGAAGGAAUCACACCUGGUUUGCGGGUAGUUGGACGUUGGUAAACAUGCAUGAGCUUGCUUGCGUUAGCGGAAUUGCAGCUGCUUACCGCCUUGGGGCCGAUUACAGAAAGUUUGACGACUUUGCCGAAAACUUCUUCAGCAAGUAUCUGAUGCUAUCCCACGGUGUAGUGUACACGAUGGAGGAGAAGCGGAGGAAGAGGGCCACAUCAAAGUCGUGA